AGGUUUCCUUAUAUAUCUCACUUAUUUUUCCUCCACAAGCUCCCAAAAGAGUUUACCUGGUAACUCUAGACCAAAAUCUGACAGAGACACAAGACCAAAUACACAUCUUCUUAUUUAUUGUCUCUGUGUGUUUGAGUUGUUCUUCCUCUUAAAGAAGCAGAGAGAGAGUCAUGGAGAGAAUGUCAGCUGGUUUAUGGCUUGUAUUCUUCUUCUUUACUGUUGUUGCAGAUGCAAAGUAUCCUCCAGGAGGUUCCUACCAUCUUUUAUCUUUGAGACAAAACAUGAAGAUCUCCAAGUCAAAGGCAGAGUUACCCUUUCACUUUCAAACUCAUUAUUUCCCACAGAAUCUUGACCACUUUAGUUUCCAACCAGAGAGCUACAGAAUCUUCCACCAGAAGUACCUCAUCAGUAGCCAUUUCUGGCGCAAAGGUGGCCCCAUCUUUGUCUACACAGGCAAUGAAGGUGAUAUUGAAUGGUUUGCUUCCAACACUGGCUUCAUGUUGGACAUUGCUCCCAAGUUCGAGGCUCUUCUUGUCUUUAUUGAACAUAGAUUCUAUGGAGAGUCUAAGCCCCCCAGGUCAGCCAAGGCAAUGGGAUACCUGAACUCACAGCAAGCAUUGGCUGAUUAUGCAAUCUUGAUACGAAGCUUGAAGCAAAAUUUAUCGUCAGAAGCAUCUCCUGUCGUAGUCCUUGGUGGCUCUUAUGGUGGAAUGCUUGCAGCAUGGUUCAGGCUGAAAUAUCCACAUAUUGCAAUUGGCGCAUUAGCAUCCUCUGCUCCAAUUCUGCAGUUUGAUAAGAUUGUUCCGUCUUCGAGCUUCUAUGACUCCAUUUCUCAAGAUUUCAAGGACGUGAGUGUUAACUGUUUUGAAGUCAUCAAGAGAAGCUGGGUUUUUUCCACCAUGAAAGAUGGCUUACAAGAACUCAGCAAAAAGUUCAGAUCUUGCAAGGGUCUUCACAAUGUCACUGCUGCCUCACAGUGGCUAGAUUCAGCCUUUGUUAAUACAGCAAUGGUUAAUUAUCCAACUCCAGCAAAUUUCAUGGCUCCACUGCCUGCUUACCCAGUGGAGGAGAUGUGCAAGAUCAUCGACGGGUUUCCUCCAGAAGCCAGCAAUCUUGAUCGUGCAUUUGCAGCUGCAAGCUUAUACUACAACUAUUCAGGUUCAGAGAAGUGCUUCGAUAUUGAAAACGAAACUGAUCCUCAUGGAGUCAAUGGUUGGUAUUGGCAGGCUUGCACAGAGAUGGUAAUGCCAAUAAGCUGUUCGAACCAGAGCAUGUUUCAACCAUUCGAAAAUGAUGACAAAGGAGACCAAGAAUACUGUUUAAGGGAAUAUGGUGUCAAGCCUAGACCACACUGGAUUACCACCGAAUUUGGCGGUCAGAGAAUAGAGAUGGUGUUGAAGAGAUUUGGUAGCAACAUUAUAUUCUCGAAUGGAAUGCAGGAUCCAUGGAGCAGAGAAGGGAUUCUGAAGAACAUAUCGAGCAGCAUCAUUGCGCUUGUGACCAAGAAAGGAGCUCACCAUGCGGAUCUCAGGGCUGCUACAAAAGAAGAUCCUGAGUGGCUGAAAGAACAAAGGAGACAAGAAGUUGCAGAGAUGGAGAAAUGGAUCAGUGAAUAUUACAGUGAUCUGAGACAAGAAGAGCAAGGCAGUUAUUAGAAACACCGUGUGUUUUUCAUGUGCGUUGGGAUGACAUUACGCCCAAUAGUAAAAUUAAAAUAAUCGAUUAUUUUCAUCUUUCAGCCGAGAUAAAAAUUAUAGUAUCCCUGUAUAUGAUAUCACUUGAGAGAAACACAACUAUAUACAGUAUAUGUACGAUAAGUAGUUUCAUCAAAAUCGAUACAUUUAACAUUCUAAUCUUCA